AUGACAACCCCAUCGUCAACCUGGCGACCAAAAGCCAUUAUUUUCGACCUCCUUACUGCCCUGCUGGACUCUUGGGCUCUGUGGGACGCAUCUACCACUUCCACGAGCGCAGUAGGAGCUCAAGGCUGGCGCAAACGGUACUUGGAACUGACCUUCGGCACCGGCGCCUAUGUGCCGUAUGAGGAGCUCGUUCACAAAGCCGCACAGGAUGUUGGCUUGCCUGGCUCGGCUCCUCGGACAUUAUUGGAAAAUUGGGACAAACUGCAGCCAUGGCCUGAAGUUGCGCAAGUCCUGAAGCAAUUGAGACUUCAUGAUUAUAGACUUGGCGUAGUAACCAAUUGUUCGCAACGUCUAGGAACUAUUGCGGCGGACAUAGUUGGGAAUUUCGAUGCAGUAGUCACCGCAGAGGAGAGUGGCUUUUACAAGCCCGCCAAACAAGCUUACCAAGCUAUCUUAACGGCUAUGAACGUUCAGGCCCAAGACGUACUGUUUGUUGCAGGCAGUGCAGGAGAUGUCGAAGGCGCAGCAAAUGCUGGCAUGAAAGUCGUGUGGCAUAACAAGGUUGGGCUACCCAGAAAGGGCCAAUCAGUUCCACUUCGGGAGGCUACGAGCCUAGAUGAUGCUUUACUGGGAUUUAUGUAA